CACCAUCUCCCCCCCUCUCUCUCUUCUCUCCCCCCUCUCUCCACCAUCUCUCCACCAUCUCCCCCCCUCUCUCUCUUCUCUCUCCGCUCUCUCUUCUCUGGUCGCCAUGGCGCUGUUGUCUCGUGGACUCGCUGCUACCGCUGCCUUCAUCGGAGUCAUCUGGCUCGCACAGAAAGGUGUACAGAGUCAGGCGCCGGUGACGCAGGACGAGCGGGCGAUCGUGGGCGACGCGGUGGUGCUGACGUGCCGCGUCGACCGUGCCGACGGCUCGCCCAUCCAGUGGUCCAACCCCGCGGGCCAGACUGUCUACUUCGGUGACAAGCGAGCUCUCAAGGAUAGCCGUAUCGAGCUGGUCCACGCCAACAAGAGCGAGCUCUCCGUGCUCAUCAACAACGUGACGCUGGACGACGAGGGCGACUACCGCUGCUCCCUCUUCACGGACGACGUGCAGACCGUUGUCUCCGUGCUCACCGUCUAUGCGGUCCCCGAGGACCCCGUGAUUGGGGGGUACGAGUCCCCCGUGGUGGAGGGGGCCCCCGUCUCCCUGCUGUGCUCCACGGCCGGCAGCAAGCCGGCAGCGAGGCUCAGCUGGCUGCGUGACGGCAAGUCGCUCUCCGGUGCGGUGGAGGAGCGUGUAUCGGAGGCGGCGUGGGGGGGGCGGACCUUCGCCGUGACGUCACGCGUGGCGUUCCGGGCCACGCGUGACCUGGACCAGGCACGGCUCACCUGCGAAGUGACGCACGAGGCGCUGCAGGACUCACUCUCCUCCUCCGUCACGCUCACCGUGCACUGUGAGUGAGGCUCACUCACCAACACACU